GCUGCAUGGCAUGCACUUGUAUUUCUUGUGCCUGCUUAAUGCUGGGCUAUCCGCCGGUCUCUUGCUCUGAUAGCUUGCUCCAGGACGUACGUACGUACGUAGAUCGAUCCAUCGAUCGCUAGCUAGCUGACGACCAUGGCGUCCCUCUCCUCUGCCGCCAUCACCGCCCCUUCCUUCACGGCCGCGCCCGCUCGCGCAGUGGUCAGCAGGAGGUCCUUCACCGUGCGUGCCUCUCUCCGCAAGGCCACUGCCACCGCCGCCGUGGCCGUUGCCGCCAGCGUCCUGCUUGCCGGCGGCGGCGCCAUGGCCCAGGAGGUGCUGCUGGGCGCAGGCGACGGCGGGCUCGUCUUCGAGCCCAGCCAGUUCACCGUCAAGGCCGGCGACACCAUCACCUUCAAGAACAACGCCGGCUUCCCGCACAACGUCGUGUUCGACGAAGACGAGGUGCCGAGCGGCGUCGACGCCUCCAAGAUCUCGCAGGAGGAGUACCUCAACGCGCCAGGCGAGACCUACUCCGUCACCCUCACCGUGCCGGGCACCUACGGCUUCUACUGCGAGCCGCACCAAGGAGCAGGAAUGGUCGGCAAGAUCACAGUCAACUAAAGCUAGCUAUCCAUUCCAUGCAUCUCGAUCUGUAUGUACUCCGCCCGUCGAUGGAUGAUGCAUCCAUCUCUACUUGUUUUCCUCACAUGUACAACAAUUAAUGCAACAAAUUAAGUACGUACUUGAGAGAGAGACCCUUCUUCUUCUUUUCUUUUUUUUUAAUGCAGCGGUAUUGUUUGCACAUGCUGUCACGAAAAUUUAUAUAUAUAUAACCAGAUAUACUUUUAAUCAUGUUGUAAAAAAUUUAUCAGUAUGAUUGAAUAAAUUUAUCUAGGUC